AUGGCCAAGGCCAAGUCGCCAAGGAGCAGCGGUGGUGGUGUUGGUCAUGGAAACGACGGUUUCAGCAGCAAUAGUGGGAACGCGGCGGCUGCAGCAGCAGCAACAGGCGGCGAGAACGUUGGCCUGUUGGCGCUGGGCGACAGGCACGAAGACGGCGACAAUGGCAGCGACGGCGACGACGACAUCUUUGGCGACCAGCACGACGAUUUCAAGGCACCUCCAGAAGAUGGCCGACCCACACCCACCCGCACAGCCUCUGGCACCCGAUUGCCGCCAAACCUUGUCCCGUCCUCGGCCGACAGCUCCAGCUCGCUCCGGACGCCCCGGACGCCAAACCGGGUCCGGUUCGACCUGCGUCCGGUCGCGAAUGGCGGCACGGCGCCACAUGGCAACUACUCGGACGACGACGACGACGAUGACGACAUGGACCACUUUGACCUCGACAACGCCCCCGAAAACGUCGACCGCCAGCACCGACUACCGCUGCUGACAGACAUCGAGGCGCCCUCCGUCACGCUCGCGCGGUCGGGCGAGAUCGAUACCCAGGUGGACGUGGAGGAGUGGGCGGAGCGCGAGCGAAGCCGGCCCAAGUCCGGGCUGAGCAGCGCGUUCAUGAACAUGGCCAACAGCAUCAUUGGCGCGGGCAUCAUCGGGCAGCCGUACGCGAUGAAGCAGGCCGGGCUCGUGGCCGGCACUGUGCUGCUGGUCGUGCUGACGGUGCUGGUCGACUGGACGAUCCGACUGAUUGUGGUCAACAGCAAGCUGAGCGGCGCGAGCAGCUUCCAGGGCACCGUGGAGCACUGCUUUGGGCGGGCCGGCCUGAUCGCCAUCAGCCUGGCGCAGUGGGUGUUUGCGUUUGGCGGCAUGGUGGCCUUUGGCGUCAUCGUCGGCGACAGCAUACCGCACGUGCUGACCGCCGUGUGGCCCAGCCUGCCCGAGGUUCCGGUGCUCGGCUUGCUGACGGACCGGCGCGUGGUGAUUGUGGUGUUUACGCUGUCGGUGUCGUACCCCCUGACGCUGUACCGGGACAUCGCGAAGCUGGCCAAGGCGAGCACGUUUGCUCUCGUGAGCAUGAUUGUCAUCAUCGUCACAGUCCUUGUUCAGGGUGCGAUGGUGCCAAAGGCGGAGCGUGGAUCGUUCAGCGGGCCCCUUCUGACUGUGAAUGCGGGCAUCUUCCAGGCCAUCGGCGUCAUUUCAUUUGCCUUUGUCUGCCAUCACAACUCCCUCCUCAUCUACGGCUCGCUCAAGACGCCCACAAUCGACCGCUUCUCGCGCGUCACGCAUAUUUCGACCGCCGUGUCCAUGGUCGCCUGCAUGCUCAUGGCCUUUGCCGGCUUCCUCACUUUUGGUGACAAGACGCUCGGCAACGUGCUCAACAACUUCCCCGCCGACAACACCAUGGUCAACGUGGCGCGCCUCUGCUUCGGCCUCAACAUGCUGACCACGCUGCCGCUCGAGGCCUUUGUGUGCCGCGAGGUCAUGUUCAACUACUACUUCCCCAACGAGCCGUUCAACAUGCACCUGCACCUCAUCUUCAGCACCAGUCUCGUCGUGAGCGCCAUGGUAUUGAGCCUCAUCACCUGUGACCUUGGCGCCAUCUUCGAGCUCGUCGGCGCCACGAGCGCCUGUGCCAUGGCGUACAUCCUGCCGCCGCUCUGCUACAUCAAGCUGACGACACGCAGCUGGCGCACCUAUGUGGCCAUGGGCACCGUGGUGUUUGGGUGCAUAGUUAUGGGCAUCAGUCUGCUGCAGGCGGUGGGCAAGUUGAUUAGCGGCGAGGGCGGCACUGCGCAGUGCAGAUGA